GUCUUUUUCUUUGGAAGGGAGAGGCGGCGGCGCGGCGAUGGCGGCGGCGGCGACGCUGCGGUGGGUGCUGCAGAUGCACCGGGACGUGCCGCGGGCGGCGCGGUUCUACGCGGAGGGGCUUGAUUUUAGCGUCAACGUCUGCACGCUCCGAUGGGCGGAGCUCCAGUCCGGGCCGCUCAAGCUCGCGCUCAUGCACACCAACGACAGUAAUCUUGCAUCGCAGAGAGUAUAUUCUUCGAUGCUUUCAUUCACUGUACCAGACAUAAACAGUACAGUCACGAAAUUAUUGUCGCUGGGAGCUGAGUUGGAUGGUCCCAUCAAACAUGAGAUCACUGGAAAGGUUGCAGCUGUACGAUGCAUCGAUGGGCACAUGCUUGGCCUUUAUGAACCAGCAUGAAGAACCUACACUACAAUGUACAUAAUGAAAUAUUCUUUUAAUUUCUUGCAGAUGGUAUGUUUUAUUUAUGUGACUGAAGAUUUUUACUUAAGCAACGAGGGCCUACAAUGUCUUGAUCACUCUGAAAAAGUGAAAAGUUAAGAGAGAUCAGAUGAGAAUUGAAAUGCUCUAGCUCUUUCGCCACCGUUUGCCUGGUACUGCCUGCCGUAUUGCACUCGUUAGACCCACACUGUCAUGGUUGUGCUUUGUAAAAUGGCCUGAACUGUCGUUAACAUGGCAGUGUUCUCAUGUAAGUUUGCAAAAUCUAAUGCAUGGAAUAUUCAAUUUUUAUUGAAGUCAUGAUAAUGUAUCUAUUUU